UGUUUUCAAAACUGUGUAAAAUCAUAAAAUAGUGUAAAUAGUUUAUUUUAAUGCAAUUUGUAGCUUAAAAAUAUAAAAUGAAUUUGCGCCAACUGCAACAGUGUACAAAAAAUAUUUUGCUUUGCUUCAACAACAGCAGAGCUAUACAAAUUAGGGAAAUAAGCAACACAAAAUGCUUACGUCGUUCGCUAGAGCCGGUGCUAGAGCAAAACAAAUCCUCAUCCAAAGAAGUCUUGACGCACUUUGAAUUCCAUGGACAAUGGCCGGCGGAGGAGCAACAACUUUUCAUAAAAGAUUUGCGUUUGCAUACAGAUUUCAUAACCAACGAGGAAGAAACCAAAUUGCUGGAAGAAAUUGAACCUUAUAUGAAACGUCUACAUUACGAAUUUGAUCACUGGGACGAUGCUAUACAUGGCUUCCGCGAAACGGAGCGUAAGCAAUGGUAUCCACAUAACCGCGCAGUGCUCGAGCGUGUGCGUCAAACUGCCUUCGAUGGUGCAAUAAUGCCUUAUGUACACAUACUUGAUUUGGCUGCGGAGGGCGUCAUCAAGCCGCAUGUGGAUAGCACCAGGUAUUGCGGCAACACAAUAGCCGGCAUUAGUUUGCUAAGCGAUAGCGUAAUGCGUUUGGUGCGCGUUGAUGAGCGUAAAUACCUACAAGGCAAGGCUGUGGAAGCGCCGGAGGUUGCCAGCACAUCAGCACAAAAUACUGCGGAUGCAGAUGAUGCAUAUCGCAAUCGUCCAGAAACCACUUUGGAAAACAAUUUCUAUGUUGAUGUGCUGCUGCGUCGUCGCUCUUUGUACAUAAUGAGUCACUCUUCACGCUAUAACUUUACGCAUGAAAUACUGGGCAACGAUGUGUCACAUUUUCAGGGACAACGCGUGAAAAAGGAUCGUCGCAUAUCGAUUAUUUGCCGCAAUGAUCCAUAAA